ACCGUCAAUCAACCAGCCAGCCAACAACCGCCAAAAUGGGUCGCGUCAGGACUAAGACCGUCAAGCGCUCCGCCAAGGUCGUCAUUGAGCGUUACUACCCCAAGCUCACGCUCGACUUCGAGACCAACAAGCGUGUCUGCGAUGAGAUCGCUAUCAUCCCCUCCAAGCGUCUUCGCAACAAGAUCGCUGGUUACACCACCCACCUCAUGAAGCGUAUCCAGCGUGGCCCUGUCCGCGGUAUCUCCUUCAAGCUACAGGAGGAGGAGCGUGAGCGUAAGGACCAGUACGUUCCUGAGAUCUCUGCGCUCGACGUCUCCCAGACCGAGUCCGGUCAGCUCGAUGUCGACUCCGACACCAAGGAUCUCCUCAAGAGCCUCGGCUUCGACAACCUCAAGGUCAACGUUGUUGCUGUUACCCAGCAGCAGCCCGAGCGCCCUCGCCGCUUCCGCUCUUAGAGGACAAUCGGAAAAAAAGUUUAAUGAUCUUAUGCGGCUGAUCUAUGGUCUGUGACUGUCCGGUCGUGUUUUUGUUACCCUCUGGCUGGCGUGCCGGACUUCGGUAAUUUUAGAAACAGCAUAUGAGAAAUGGAACAUGGUUGCUGCU